CGCAGCCAAUUGUCAGCAGUGUGCUACAACUUGUCCAGUACAAAGUUGUAAGUGACAGACAAAAAAUAGCUCUCUCCAAAUUUCUAGUCGCAUAUAACUCGAUUUUCUCUCUUACGCAACUUUCAACUUGUUUCUACACAAACUUUCCUACCAUACCCCCCGAAAAAAAAACAAUAGGAAUUAAUUGAAUCAAAAUUCCCAAAAACUCGACAAGAUGUUCGCCCUGAUUUUCGUUGGUCUUUGCAUCGUUCGAGUCCAUUCAUACGGUUACCAACAACCGGUGCAGUACUACCUCCAGCCGGUGCAAUACCAGCAACCGGUUCAGUAUUACCAACAGCCGAGUUACACAACGGCCAAGCCUUAUUACCCCAGCAGCAGCAGUAGCUACUACACCACGACUGCCAAGCCUUACUACCCCACAACGACCUACCCCACAACUGCUUACUACAGUACGACCUACCCAACAACUUCUUACUACACCACCAAGGCCUACGAAACGCCAGCGGCCUAUCAACAGCCGACCACAGCUGCCUAUUACCAAACCAGCCAGGCCUACUACGAGCAGCAGCCGACCUACACUACACCGGCCUACUACCCCGACAACUACGACGCCAAUGAAAACGGAUGGUACAACUAUGCGUUCAAGUUCAACGUCAACGAUUACGGCAACGAGCAAUCGAGGAGCGAAACUCACGAGAAUUCCAUCACCAGGGGCCAGUACACUGUCAGUUUGCCAGACGGUCGCAAACAAAUCGUCAACUACGAAGCCGACCAGAACGGCUACAGGGCUGAAGUCUCGUACGAGCCGGCCGGCAGCAGUCAGUACAGCGACACUGAGAAUUAUUACAGCACGUCAAAGUAUGGAUCAUCCCAGUAGUAUAGCAGCUAUAAUAUUAACCGGAACGUGACCCGCAUAGUCCCGCGCACUUGUACAAUUUUGACACUGUUCCCCCUCAGAACGCCGGAAAUUCUUGCCCGUCUGCUGCCAGCAACUUUCACCUCUUGUGUUUAUGAUCAACUUGUGUAACCUUUGAUGUCUCAACUCUAUAUAUGUGUGUGUAUAAUAAAGCAGUCGUUGUAUACCA